AUGGACGUGGACGUGGACGUGGACGUGGACAUGGACGUGGACGUGGACAUGGACGUGGACGUGGACGUGGACGUGGACGUGGACGUGGACAUGGACGUGGACAUGGACGUGGACGUGGACGUGGACGUGGACGUGGACAUGGACGUGGACGUGGACGUGGACAUGGACGUGGACGUGGACGUGGACGUGGACGUGACGUGGACGUGGACAUGGACGUGGACGUGGACGUGGACGUGGACGUGGACGUGGACAUGGACGUGGACGUGGACGUGGACGUGGACGUGGACAUGGACGUGGACGUGGACGUGGACGUGGACAUGGAUGGACGUGGACGUGGACGUGGACGUGGACGUGGACGUGGACGUGGACGUGGACGUGGACAUGGACGUGGACGUGGACGUGGACGUGGACGUGGACAUGGACGUGGACAUGGACGUGGACGUGGACGUGGACGUGGACGUGGACGUGGACGUGGACGUGGACGUGGACGUGGACGUGGACGUGGACGUGGACGUGGACAUGGACGUGGACGUGGACGUGGACUGCAUGGACGUGGACGUGGACGUGGACGUGGACGUGGACGUGGACGUGGACGUGGACAUGGACGUGGACGUGGACGUGGACGUGGACGUGGACGUGGACAUGGACGUGGACGUGGACGUGACGUGGACGUGGACGUGGACGUGGACGUGGACGUGGACGUGGACGUGGACGUGGACAUGGACGUGGACAUGGACGUGGACGGACGUGGACAUGGACGUGGACGUGGACGUGGACAUGGACGUGGACGUGGACGUGGACGUGGACGUGACGUGA